CUGGCGACCGGCUGGGCGCAGCUCUGCGCCGAGGCGGGAGCUUUGCGUGCCGCGCCGCCCGACUUCGUGGCGCAUCUGGGCCGCCUCUACGAGGCGCGGCAGUGGGCGACUGCGGGCGGGUCGCUGAAGCGGCGGCGCGCAGGGCACUUCUGGGGCUCCGCCGUUGCCAACUGCUCCUCGGGCGGUGGCGGCAGCGGCCCCUGGCGCCUGAAGGUGGACCUGGCGCCGCCGCGCGGCGCGCCGCCCGUGUACAGGAAGGACCACAGGGUGGUGCUCGUCUUCGGUCCUGACUGGCCCACGGCCCUGCCCACCAUCCGCUUCGUGGGGAAGCUGAAGUCGUGCUACGCGAGGGAGAGCGACAGAGAAGGCCCCGUGGGGACAACUCUGGCCUCCGCCGCGCAGGGCAGGCUGUACGACGCGGUCGCCAUGCAGGUCUUCGUGAGGACGCUGUCCGGCGCCACCGCCGCCCUCGAGGCGGCACCGGGCGACUUGGUGGGCGGCCUCGCGCAGGAGGCGCUCGUGUUCGGGGGCCAGGACCUGGACCCGGGCAGCACGCUGGCGGAGUGCGGCGUGGAGGACGGCUCCACCCUCUUCGCGGUCGCCCGCCUGCCCGGCGGCGGGGACGGCACCCCGGCCAUGGGGCAAGAAGCACAAGAAGAGCCACGGGCCUCUGCCCGCGCUGCGGCAAGCGCUCCUUCCACCUGCAGAAGAAGCGCUGCGCGGCGUGCGGGUACCCCGCCGCUAAGAUCCGCUCCUACGAGUGGUCCAAGAAGUCCAAGCGCCGCCGUGCCCCGGGCACCGGCAGGAUGA